AUGAUGUUCCCUGGAGGGGUUGCCAACUCAGAAUUGCAACAGGCAGCUGCAGACAAGGUCAAAAACGAUAUUGGAACAUUUGUCUUAUUUGGAUUACUGAUUGAAGCUGGUAUGUGUUUGAGUACACAUGAAAAAGAUCCUGUUUCAGUUGCAUAUGGUGCCAGCUACUUUGGAGUGGAAGGCCUUCUUCUAUGA